AUGCUCUUUAAACCUUAUCUAACGGCACAUAGCCUCUGGGCUCUCAUAAUUCUCGCGAGUCUCUGUUUCAUCGUCUCUCUCACCGUGCAACUCACCAUCGUCUCCUCGUCAUCUUCAUUCUCGAGCACCUAUAACUUCCUACCAUUCUCCGCAAAGAAGACCCCCACUUGUCUGGUCGACAAGCUCCUCGGUGACCCAUGGGGAUACGAAAAUCCGAAAGAACAUGUCUUCGGAGCAGGAUGGAAAGAUGAUCCCUAUGACGGACUGUGGUUGAAUGUGCCGUCAAAGGAAGACUAUGAGGUAUUGAUGAGCGAAGAAGAUAAAACAAUGAUGCAAGAGGAGCUCUAUAAGUACUCAGACGACUUACAGAGAGAUAAAAGAGCGAGGGUUGAGAAUUUCUACGCCUUGAAGACGAGUGAUGAUUGGAGACGCUAUAUUGAGGGACAUAGUGAUGAGGGUCUAGCACCACUCACGAAAUUUACGCAAAGAUACCUUCACCGUCACCAGCACCCAGAGAAUUGCACGGGCAAGGCCUUCCUCAUUUUCCGCAAAUUUCCCAAUGAUGAAGCCUUUGGGCUCGGCGCCCUGGCCCAAUCCAUUGCUCACAACCUCGCCCUCGCAAUCCGUACUGAUCGAAUUCUCGUCUAUGACGCUCAUGAUCCGCCUGGCGCACACUUUCUCUCCCCCCCUCCAGGGGCAGGACGCACCCUAGACAACAUCUUUCACCCCCUCAGCAGCUGCACCCCUGCCGAUGUUGCCGCCUCAACUGACAAAGUCUAUUUCCCAUGGGAGCCCGAAGCCACCGAAAUUUAUUACCGCACGCACCCGGCCAGUCUCCCGCCCGUCCUGGCGCAGGUAUUCAGAACUCAAUUUGCAGAUAUGAACUAUGAUGCGGUACGGUACUGGUGGCGAGGGCAAGUCGCUGCGUUUGCGAUGCGGCCGAAUAGAGUUGCAAUGGAAAGACUCAAGGAAUUGAGGGUUGAAGAUGGGCUGAACAAAGGGGUAACUUUGCAGAAGGGGAAACAUCCGAUUACCGGAAUAAAAUUGGGGAUGCCGUGGCCAUUCCCGGUUGGGGCUUGGAGUAUGCACGUUAGGCACGGGGAUAAAGGUAUCGAAAUGAGUCUCGUUGAGCUCAAGAAAUAUGUCAUGGCCGCGGAGGAACAUAUUAUCAGGAACCCGCAAAGCUCACGCAGAAUCGCUUUCAUAUCAACUGAAGAUCCAAGCGUGCUCUAUGAUGCACGAAAUAUCUCAAGCCUACUGCCAAUGUCAACAAGUAAGGGUUGGGAAUGGUAUUGGUCGGAUAUACCUAGAUUCAACGGCGGGCCUGUAACGCAGUUGGAGAAGUUUGGAAAUAGGACCGAAAUGACAAUAAAGUGGUUUCUGCAGUUAACAAUGGCUCUAGAGUGUGACAAUUUCGUGGGCACGAGAGGUUGA